GCAAUAUCAGACUCCAGCCAUGUCACUGACACCGCGAUAAGGGAGUCUGGUGAUUGGACACACUGCUAAUUAUAUACUUUACGACGCCCCUUUCCCUCAGCAUAAUAUAUAUGUCGCCUACGCUAUGCCUAGAUUUCUACGAUGAUAUAUCCAUAGUGAACUGUUGCGUUAACGAGCGGUUCAUGCCAUGAGCAAUCAUUCUAGCCUUCUGGUAGCUGAGCCUUUUGUCACAACAAAACUUUGAAAGAAAUGGCUGGGAACUUUUGGACUUCUACGCAGCACCUCCAUUGGCAGUUUUCAAAACCGGGUUUAGCUGAAAUAAGGAGAAAAUUGGAGCAGGAGGAUCGAGCGCUGGUGCAACAAUAUCCACUUCCAGAUCGAAGGCUGUUGAGUAUUUAUUUCUACCAUCAAAUUGGAAAGUUGGGCAAGCGCCUGACAAUCCGUCAGCAAGCACUUGCCACUGCUCAGGUCUAUAUUCGGAGGUUCUACACGAAAGUAGAAAUCAGACGGACAAAUCCGUACCUAGUCCUAGUAACGGCACUCUAUUUAGCCUGCAAGAUGGAGGAAUGUCCGCAGCAUAUACGACUUGUCGUAGCAGAGGCGCGGAACAUAUGGCCUGAUUUCAUCUCCUCAGAUACUUCAAAGUUGGGAGAAUGCGAGUUCUUUCUCAUCUCGGAAAUGCGCUCUCAGCUGAUAAUUCACCAACCAUACCGUACUUUACUAACAUUGCACAGCAGCUUUUCUAUGACCCAGGACGAGAUUAACCUGGCUUGGUCCGUAAUCAAUGACCACUACCUUACAGAUCUGCCUCUGCUUUAUCCUCCUCAUGUCAUCGCUGUAGCAGCAAUAUUCCUUGCUGUGGUGCUAAAACCAGCUCAGGCUAGCUUGCAUGGUAGCAAUGGCUCUGCAGCGGCACCAACAAGCAUAGCUCAGGCCAUGACUGGUACGCCAAACAGAUACGCACAACAAUUUCCAGCCACGAAUACGCAGCAGAUUGGCUCUUCGGGAGCUGCCCCACAAAACAAGGUACAAUACCUUGUCAACUGGCUGGCCGAAAGCGACGUUGACAUGGAGGCUGUCAUUGACUGUACUCAAGAGAUUAUUUCUCUAUACGAGGUAUGGGAGCAGUAUAAUGACAAGGUCUGCAAAGAACAAAUCACACGGUUUGUGAAAGCAAGAGGGCUGGACAAGUAGGAUGAAACGAUUGUUUAACAUAAAAUGAUUCUGGAUAUUUUUAUCACCUGAUGCAAGCGUUAAAAUGAAGGCAUGGAUAGGCGUCAGAAUGGAUCGCAUAGCGUUUUUUUUUUUUUUUUUUUU